AUGGAGAAGGGCAGUGGACAUCGGGAUGAACGUGUGCACCUGGAGCUCAGCUCAGAGGCGGCCGUUGACGUCAAGGUCAUUGGCGAAGUUGCCUGGGAAGAGAACAUCGUCUUGAGCAAUCCCAAGAAGAGGAACGCGUUGUCACUUGCAAUGCUGAAAUCUCUGCAGAGUGACAUUCUUCAUGACGCUGACAGCAACGAUCUGAAAGUCAUUAUCAUCUCGGCUGAGGGGCCUGUGUUUUCUUCUGGGCAUGAUUUAAAGGAGCUGACAGAGGAGCAAGGCCGUGAUUACCAUGCGGAAGUAUUUCAGACCUGUUCCAAGGUCAUGAUGCUCAUCCGGAACCAUCCUGUCCCCGUCAUUGCCAUGGUCAAUGGCCUGGCCACAGCCGCCGGCUGUCAACUGGUUGCCAGCUGCGACAUUGCCGUGGCCAGCGACAAGUCCUCUUUUGCCACUCCUGGGGUGAACAUCGGGCUCUUCUGUUCUACCCCUGGGGUUGCCUUGGCAAGAGCAGUGCCUAGAAAGGUGGCCUUGGAGAUGCUCUUUACUGGGGAGCCCAUUUCUGCCCAGCAGGCCCUGCUCCACGGGCUGCUCAGCAAAGUGGUGCCAGAGGCAGAGCUGCAGGAGGAGACCAUGCGGAUCGCGCGGAAGAUCGCGUCACUGAGCCGCCCGGUGGUGUCCCUGGGCAAAGCCACCUUCUACAAGCAGCUGCCCCAGGACCUGGGGACGGCUUACUACCUCACCUCCCAGGCCAUGGUGGACAACCUGGCCCUGCGGGACGGGCAGGAGGGCAUCACGGCCUUCCUCCAGAAGAGAAAACCCAUCUGGUCACACGAGCCCGCGUGAGUGGAGGCAGAGGAGUGAGGCCCGUGGGCAGCGCCCAGGAGCCCGCCCUCCCCUCUGACCCCAACCCCACACUGCCUCUCAGCUUCAGCAGGCAGCAGACCAGCUGCUUCUGUGACUUGAUACUGGUGUCACAGCAUUUGGCCUACAUUAAAAGCCAUGCUUUCGUGGUGAAAGACAAAAUGCGGAGUGACUGAGGUGCUGACCUCGGUGCAAGGCUGGUGAGCCCUGUAGCGGGCCAGCUAUGGCAGGAAGCCUGGCGUUUGGGGUGCUCCUUACAACAUCUUAAGCAAGCGACCCCCCUGACAUAGCAGAAGGUGACAACCCACGGAGGCAGGAAAGAAGGACACCAGCCUGACCCUUAUCCAAAACCUCCUCCUAGGCGGAGUUCAUCCUGGCUGCUCAGGAGAGGCAACACAUUUCAAAUCUCCAUGAGAUAUUCUCCACGCAGAAAAUCUUCUUGAUUCUAUAGAGACGUAAUCAUGCCUAUGGCUUUGAAUAAUCUUAUGUGAUUUAAAUAAAUUUAAUCUUUACAGAGA